AUGGAGGGCUUCAUGGACGGACUCAAGCGCGAGGUGGACAAGACGUUCAACCCACGAACGCGCGGCGCGAAGAUCGCCGGACGCGCGCCCGGCGAGGAGCGCCCCACCGAGGUCUCCCCGGAGAAGCUCGCGCAGUGGGAGGCGGACAACGGCGGCGACGCCGGCGCGCAGUAUCGUCCCGACUUCGACCUCGCCGCCUUCACCGCGCAGCUCGAGGAGCAGGUGGCGGCCGAGGCGGCGGCCAAGUCGGCGGUGGAACUCGCCGAGGAGAAGGUGGCGGCGGAUCUGGCGGCGCGACUCGCGGAGGUGCACGACGGCCACGGGUCCGUGGCCGCCGAACUCGGGCGCGUCAAGGUGCUCGAGGAGGUGGCCAAAACGGAGUCCUCUGUUGGCGAGUCCUCCGGUGCUGCGUCAUACGAUAAUUACGCCAAGUCCGAGCGGCAGAUGGAGCUCGAGCGCGCGUAUUACGGCGAAGAUUACGUCGGGGAGGGUCCGAUGUCCGGCCGCGAGCUCGCGCUGCUGUGCCACGCCAAGUACGGCAAGUACCACGACAUGGCGGUGAAGCACGUUCGAAUGGGCGAGGGGAUGAAGCGGUGGGUGUCGCUGAAUUUGUACGUGGGACACCUCGGGCAGCGAUCGUAUCCGGCGACGGAGGAAGUUUACCUGCAACAGCUGGACGCCAUCGCGUACAUGAUCACCAGCUGGGGACAGGCGGACUACGCCAGGGCGUUCUUCCGGGAGCCGCCCAUCGCCAGGCGCGGGCUGCCGUCCAAGCCGAGGGUGGACACCUGCGUCACGCUGCAGUUCAACCGGUCGCCAACCUGGGACGACGAGCUCGGGGAUGAGUUCUUCACGUACUGA